AUCCAAUUAAGAGCUGCAUCCUCAUCUGUACCUCCUUCGUCCUGCAUCACGAUCGAGCUCAAAGGAAGAUCAUAAGAAUCACACCGCAUCCUCGGUAUCCACACCGCAGCUGUUCGCCUGCAAGAUCUCGCCUCAAGAUGUUGGAAAAGCGCCCGGCUGCAGCCCCAACCUCGUUCCCUCUCGCUUCUACGCUGAGGAUCGGCAUCGUUCAUGCCAGGUGGAACACAGAGUGCAUCGAUGCGCUGGUCAAGGGGAGCGUGGAUAGCCUGCUCAAAUCAGGUGUGAAGAAGGAAAACAUUCACAUCGAAAGUGUGCCUGGUAGUUGGGAGCUGCCUCACGGAACGAGCAGAAUGAUCGCUGCGUCCCAAAUUCAAGCUUCGUCGGCAGCGACGGAUCUGAUGGGUGCCACGUCGCUGCUGGACGGGGAAGAUUCCAAGCCCGAAUCUCAAACCUCAUCCGGUCCGCUCGACGCCAUCAUCUCCAUUGGCGUGCUCAUCAAAGGCUCUACCAUGCACUUUGAAUACAUCUCCGAAGCUUGCGUGCACGGUCUCAUGAGGAUUGGACUUGACACCAACGUACCCGUCAUCCUAGGUGUGCUCACUGCGCUUACGGAGGAACAGGCAAAGCAGAGAUCGGGGAUUGGAGCGAAUGCGCACAACCAUGGAGAGGACUGGGGUGCUGCUGCCGUCGAGAUGGCAAGCAAGACGAAGGGCUGGGCCGAGGGCAAAUUGGCAAAGUGAUGUCUGCUGCGAGGGGGCAGCUGUGGCAGUCGUGCUCCGAAGGAACUUUGGACUGUCUAGUAGCACCGGUCCUGUACAUCCUACGCCAAUCAGGUGCCUAUGCAAUCAACCUGAUUUCACAGCCGAUG